CCCCUGCCCUGACUGUGGGAAUGUUUAAGGAACAGAGAGCCUUGGAGUUGCCCAGUCCUAAGGAAAUACCUCCCUCAGGACUCCCUGAGGGCAACCCUGAUAGGUCUGAGGCAGAGGAUGCCAAAGGCAAACAUGGAAAAGGAGCAGCUGGCAGCACACAUGAAACAGGUACAUGGCAGGGCUUCAUCAGCUUCCCUGGGCAGGGAUGCAGAUGCAUGGAGAGGCCACUGGGAGCAAACGGCACAGCAGGACCCAGCAAAGCCGUCGGUGUGCAUUGAAUACAGCCUCAGCAGUACGUCAGGGGAGCACAAGAAGAAGGAGACUGUUGUAAAGCAGGUCAUUGUGUCCUUCAAGAGGAAGCCUCCAGAGGAACUGUGCAGGAGCUGCCUGAGCCACACCACGCGCAGUGAGGCUCCAUCCCGGAGAGCCAGCCUGCUACAGCAGCAGGAUGGCCUGGAGGACAGGGAGCUCCAGCAGCCAGAGAACGAGGGACAGUGUUUCUCCCGGAGGCAGUCAGGGGGGCUCUAUGGCAGACCUGGGCAAGUGAGUGCCAAGGAUGGAAUGAGACAGCCUAAGACAGGACGUGACAGGUCCAUGAGCUUUCCAUGGACCACACGAGAGCAGCCACAAGUUGUAUAUGUGAAGUUCAUGACAGGCACCAUGAGCAAGCAGGAGGUGCUGGAGCGUCUGGAAGCCCGUACUUCCACCAGUGAGCCAGUGGCUUUGGCUGAAGAGGAAGAGCAGGAAGAUGGUGUUGAUAAAAAGCUGUCCCAGGAGCAGAAGUGGGAAGAUGCAAUCAGCAGACAACUGAACCUGAAACUAAGCACGAGUGAAGCAACAGCAGCAGAAACGCCUGCAGGACAUACCUACAGAUCUCCUUCCCUCGCAGUCAUUGAUGCCCUGGCUCACGAGAGGCGGACGGACUUCCAGAGGGCACCACGGGCUCUGCACAGGGCCUCCACUGCCAUGGAGAGCAGGAGAAGCAGCAGAGGGGGCCUCUCUCCAGAAGAGCAGGAGAAGCAGCACGCAAGACACUGCACACCGGCUCUGCUGGUCACAGCCCAGUACAUCACGGGUGAGGUUGUGCGCAAGGCUGUAACUGUGAUCCAGGAACCCAGUGAGCAGACAGAAGAGCAACAGGACCUGGAAGACAGCGUGGAUGUGUCACUGGCCACACCAGCAGGGGCAGAAAACCAGACACCUGCCCCCGACAGCCCCACAGACGAUGCUCUGCUGGACACAGCCCAGUACAUCAAGAGUGCGGUUGUGCGCAAGGCUGUAAUUGUGACCCAGGGACCCGAGGAGCAGAUAGAAGAGCAACAGGACCUGGAACAAAGUACGGAUGAGGUGACAAAAGCCACAGCCACAACAGAAGGGACAGAAAGCCCAGCAGAUGCCCCUGACAGCCCCACAGAUGAUGCCCCUGUUCUACUGGACACAGACGAGUACAACAGGACAAAGGUCUUGGGUAAGGGUGUAAUUGCGACCCAGGGAACCAAGCAACAGCCAGAAGAACUAAGGGACCUGGAACAAAGUACAGAUGAGGUGACAAGGGCAACAGCCACAGCAGCAGGGGCAGAGAUGCCCCGGCACAUACCCCGCACAGCCUCGCACGGCCCCGCAGACGAUGCCCCUGUUCUGCUGGACACAGCUCAGUACAUCAGGACUGAGGUCGUCCGCAAGGCUGUAAUUAUGACCCAGGCACCUGUUCUGCAGCUGGAAGAACAGUGGAACCGGGAAGGAAGCAUGGAUGAGGUAAUGGCAGCAACAGCCACAACAGCAGAAGUGGCAGGGAGCCCAGCAUAUACCCUGAACUGCCCCACACCUGAUGCUCCAACUCUGCUGGACACAUUCCAGUACAUCAGGAGUGAAGUCCAGGGCAAGGCUACACUAUUAGUCCAGAGUCCUGAACAGCAGCCGGAAGAACAGGAGAACCUGGAACAAGGCAUGGAUGAAGUGGUGAGAGCAACAGCCACAGCAGCAGGAGCAGAAAGCCCAGCACAUGCCCUGCACAGCCUCACAGACAAUGCCCCCGGUCUGCCGGACACAGACGAGUACAACAGGACAAAGGUGCUGGGCAAGGCUGUAAUUGUGAUUCAGGGAACCAACCAACAGCCAGAAGAACUGAAGGACCUGAAACAAAGCCCAGGAGAGGUGAUGAGAGCAACAGCCACAGCAGCAGAGACAGAGGUUCUGGCACAUACCCUGCAUAGCCCCGCAGGUGAUGCUCCACCUCUGCUGGACACAGCCCAGGACAUCAAGGGUCAGGUCCUGGGAAAGGCUGCUCUAAACAGUUCUCUAAAGAGUUCCAAACAGCGGCCAAAAGUACAGCAGAACCCAGAAAAAGGUACGGAUAACAUGGUGAGAGCAACAACCACAGCAGCACGGACUGCUCCAACAGCCAGAAGAACAGCAGGACCACCAGAAAGGAAGUAUGGACGAGGCACCGGCAGGACCAACCUCAUCAGCAGGGCCAGAGAGCCCAGCAAACGCCUCCCAAAGCCCCACAGCUGAAGCUCCGACUCUGCUGGACACAACCCACUACAUCAGGAGUGGGGUCCUGGGCAAGGCCGCUCUUGCGGCCCUGGGACCUGUCCAGCAGACAGAAAAACAGUGGGACUGGUAAGGAAGCAUGGAUGAAGCAACAGCAUCAGGAACAGCUGCAUCCAGCUGCCCCAAGGACAUGGCACUACCAGCAUAUCCUUGCCCAUGGCUUCAGGGGACCCACCUAUGAUUUGAUGUGGACACAUUUUGAGGCUAAUAAAAUGUGAUGAUUUUCCAA